UGCUUUAUCACUCGAGUAGAAGAAAGGCAAGACGCAGAUUCUCCAGAAAGGAGACCGCAGAACCAAUCGUGUUGUGACGUCGUGUGGACGUUUCCGAGUUAUUUCCUGGUAGGAUAAAAUAUCGAUUUUCAAACAGUCAGAACCUUUCCGUACGCGACAGAUUUUGUCGAACUCGAGAAGAUUCACAAAAUCCAAGAGUAAAUUCUCCAUCAUGAAGUUUGCUGCGCUGAUUUUGAGCCUGGUGGCCGGCUUGGCGGUGGCCCACGGGGCCGUCGAGGGCGAUAGCUGCACCACCAACAAGGAUAAAUGUACGGCCCUGUUUUCCGGCUUUUCCCACGUGGAGAAGGACAUGCACAAGUACACCAAGCAAAUGCUAGUCAAGUCGUACGACUUCCUGCUGCUCUCGUCGGUCUUUGACCAGUACAACGUGGAUAGGCCCGGGUUCGAGAAGCUGUACCGCAAGAUCGCCGACAAGGCCUGGGACGAUACCAUCGACCUGAUCAAGUACCAGAGCCGUCGUGGAGCGGUCGUUACGCUGGACGAAACCAACUUUGUGCACAACGUGAGCAGUCUGUUGACGAGCAACGAAGCCUCCUCGCUGAAGCUGGCUCUGGAUUACGAGAAACUGAUGGCCACUGAGGCUCACAUGAUGCAUAAGAAGAUCUCCCAUACUGGCGAAAGCAACCAUUACGAUCCGGACGCGGCCCAUUACUUGGAUGAGAACCUGAUUGAGUACCAGAGUGGCACUAUCCGUAAGCUUUCUGGUCAUAUUAGGAACUUGAACGACAUUCUUGGUGAGGCUGGCACCAAGGAUCUUGGCUUGCAAAUGUUUGAUGAUUAUUUGGAUAAGGUUGAGUAAAGGGUGCUUAAUUCCAGUGCUAAGGCAUGUAGAAUCUAAUUAGUUUGUUCAGGAAUGACAUAACGUGAUAGCUGAUAAAAGUGCUGCAAAAUAUGAUGUACUGACUUAAAUCGUGUUUAAAGUUAAAGAAGAUUGGAAUAAAAUAAAGUUUUAGUGGAAAAA